CUCCUUUGUUCAAUCUUACAAAAUGGUCAACUUCACUAUCGACCAGAUUCGCGCCCAGAUGGACCGCAAGACCAACAUCCGCAACAUGUCGGUCAUUGCUCACGUCGAUCACGGCAAGUCCACCCUUACCGAUUCGCUCAUCUCCAAGGCCGGUAUCAUCGCCGAUAACCGUGCCGGUGACAUGCGUUUCAUGGACACCCGCCCCGACGAACAGGAGCGUUGCAUCACCAUCAAGUCGACUGCCAUCUCCCUGUACUACGAGCUUGCCGCCCACGACAUGUCCUUCAUUACCCAGAAGGUCGACGGCAACGGUUUCCUCAUCAACCUGAUUGACUCCCCCGGACACGUCGAUUUCUCGUCUGAGGUCACUGCCGCCCUCCGUGUCACCGACGGUGCCCUCGUCGUCGUCGAUUGCGUCUCUGGCGUCUGCGUCCAGACCGAGACUGUGCUUCGUCAGGCUAUUGCCGAGCGCAUCAAGCCCGUCCUCAUGAUGAACAAGAUGGAUCGUGCUCUUCUCGAGCUCCAGCUUGACAAGGAGGAGCUCUACCAGACCUUUGCCCGCAUUGUCGAGUCUGUCAACGUCAUCAUCUCCACCUACGGUGAGGAUGGCGGCCCGAUGGGUGAGAUCCAGGUCAACCCCUCGCGCGGCACUGUCUGCUUUGGCUCUGGCCUCCACGGCUGGGGCUUCUCGCUCAAGCAGUUUGCCGAGAUGUACGCCGAGAAGUUCAAGAUCCCCACCGACAAGAUGAUGAAGCGUCUUUGGGGUGAGGAGUUCUACUCGCCUGCCGAGAAGAAGUGGAACCAGUCUGGCGGCUCUGGCUAUGUCCGUGGCUUUGUCCAGUUCAUCCUCGACCCGAUCUACAAGCUGUUCGACGCCGUCCUCAAGAACAAGACCGACGUCCUCAACAAGAUGAUUGAGGCUCUCCAGAUCAAGCUCCAGCCCGAGGAGCGUGAGCAGGAGGGCAAGCCCCUGCUCAAGACCCUCAUGCGCAAGUGGCUCCCCGCUGGCGAUGCUCUUCUUCAGAUGAUCACCAUCCACCUCCCUUCGCCCGUCACCGCCCAGGCUUACCGCUGCGAGCUCCUCUAUGAGGGCCCCAUGGACGAUGAGGCUGCCAUGGCCAUCAAGGCCUGCGACUCGAAGGGUCCCCUCGUCAUGUACGUCUCCAAGAUGGUCCCCACCUCGGACAAGGGCCGCUUCUACGCUUUCGGCCGUGUCUUCGCCGGCACCGUCUCCACUGGUCUUAAGUGCCGCAUUAUGGGCCCCAACUACGUGCCCGGCAAGAAGGACGAUCUCUACCUCAAGCCAAUCCAGCGCACCGUUCUCAUGAUGGGACGCUACGUCGAGGCCAUCGAAGACGUCCCCGCCGGCAACAUUGUCGGUCUUGUCGGUGUCGACACGUACCUCAUCAAGACUGGUACCAUCUCCACCUUCGACGAGUGCCACAACAUGCGCGUCAUGAAGUACUCUGUCUCGCCCGUCGUCCGCGUCGCCGUCGAGGCCAAGAACCCCGCCGAUCUCCCCAAGCUCGUCGAGGGUCUUAAGCGUCUUGCCAAGUCCGAUCCCCUCGUCCAAUGCACGAUCGAGGAGUCUGGCGAGCACAUUAUUGCCGGUGCUGGUGAGCUCCACCUCGAAAUCUGCUUGAAGGAUCUCGAGGAGGAUCACGCUCAGAUCCCGAUCAAGAAGUCCGACCCCGUCGUCUCGUACCGCGAGACUGUCGAAGUCGAGUCUGACCGCAUCUGCUUGUCCAAGUCGCCCAACAAGCACAACCGUCUCUACAUGAAGGCCGUCCCCUUCGAGGAGGGUCUUGCUGCCUCUGUCGAUUCCGGCGAGGUCAACGCCAAGGACGAUCCCAAGAACCGUGCCAAGAUUCUUGCCGAGAAGUACAACUGGGACGUUACCGACGCCCGCAAGAUUUGGUGCUUCGGCCCCGAGGGCUCUGGCCCCAACAUUCUUGUUGAUGCCACCAAGGGCACCCAGUACAUGAACGAAAUCAAGGAUUCGUGCGUUGCUGGUUUCCAGUGGGCCUCCAAGGAGGGUGUCCUCUGCGACGAAUGGAUGCGUGGCAUUCGCUUCAACGUCCUCGACGUUACCCUGCACGCUGAUGCCAUCCACCGUGGUGGCGGUCAGAUCAUCCCCACCGCCCGCCGCUGCGUCUACGCCUGCGUCCUCACUGGUGAGCCCCGUCUCCUCGAGCCCAUCUACCUCGUCGAGAUCCAGUGCCCCGAGUCUGCCCAGGGUGGUAUCUACUCUGUGCUCAACCGUCGCCGUGGUCACGUCUUCGCCGAAGACCGCGUUGCCGGCACCCCCAUGUACAUGGUCAAGGCUUACCUCCCCGUCAACGAGUCGUUCGGCUUCACUGCCGAUCUUCGCUCGAACACCGGUGGCCAGGCUUUCCCCCAGUGCGUCUUCUCCCACUGGGCCAUCCUCCCCGGCAACCCCCUCAUUGCUGGCACCAAGCCCAACGAAAUCAUCCUCUCCACCCGCAAGCGCAAGGGUCUCAAGGAGGUUGUUCCCGAUCUCGAGGAGUACUUUGACCGUCUCUAAGCGACUUGUUUUUAUUCAGGCUUUGCGCACCCCCCAAUCCUUGUGAUUUUUGGAGUACACUUGGUCUGCAUCAUGUCUUGGUUGCUUUGAUAUUUUUUUUUUUUACUCUUAUCUUGAAUCUGGAUUUUCGGAGAAGUACCACUUGUGUUCUCCUUUUUGUUGUGUCGUUGUGUUUAUGCGUUGCCCAUUCUGGCUUCAAUACACUGAUGAAAAAAUCUAAAAACACAAACCAACAUUAAAAAAUCA